AUGUCAACGAGCAAGAGAUCUCUCGAGGAAAUAGACGCACAGCCGAAGAAGGCGAGAUUUGCAGAGAAAGAUAAGCCAGAGAAGAAUAAUCCAGACAGAGAUUUGGACACCACGCAGGAUCUGGAGUACAAGAAGGGGCGCCGCGGGGCUAUCAAAACAGAGGGUUAUGAUUCAGACAGCUCAAAUGAGGGCGGCGAGUCAGUCGUGCGGUCGCGUCACAAACCCGCUGACAACGACGACGAUGAUAUGUUUGGCGAUGGUGCGGACAAGCCACAACAGCCCAGCGAAACGGAGAAAGCUAAACCACUCUCGCUCGGUGAUAUAGAGGGUCAGGAAUUUGGCGGGUACGGUGAUAAGAAUACGGCAGAGAAUAGCGACGGUUACAGCUCUCAAGAAGGCGAGGAGGAUGAGAUGGGUGGCGAGCUCAGCGCUUUCAAUAUGAAGUCUGAAAUGCAGGAAGGUGAUUUUGUCGACGAUGGUACGUAUGUCGAGAAACAGCGCGAUCCACACGCCAUGCAUGACGCCUGGCUUGAUAAUUCCGAUAAGCAGGCACGUAAGAGAGUGCGCGAUGCACAUAAGGAGAGGUUGAAAAAGGAGCGGGAGGAGUAUGAGCGUGUAGAGGCGCAGAACGCACAAGGAGGAAGGAAAGAGGAGACGAUGAUGGCGCUGGCAGAGUUCACACAGCGUGGAGAGACUGUUCUCGAGGCACUCCAACGACUAGGCAAGGAUAGGGAAAAAUCUAAGAAAAACGGAGCUCAAGAGCUGAAGAAGGCGAGUACUCAAGUGGAGAAGUUCACAGAACUCGUCAACAUAAUGGUGUCAAUUGGGGUGAAUGAGGUGUAUGAUUGGGAGCACGAGCAAUUUGUGAGAGGAGUUCGGAAGUCAGGCUAUGUCAACGAGAAUUGGGUGCCUAGUCACUAUCAACAGAAGAAGACAGAGACAGUGGAUGACGAUAGCACCAAUGAUAGCACCAAUAACACAAACGAAACACUAUGGGAAUACAAACAGUCACCUAAUUAUAUAGCCACGCUGCCGCCCGCUCAACGACCGGUAGAGGUACAGGUAUUUGGGCCAUUCAAACAAACAGAACUGCUUAAUUGGGUUCAUGGAGGACAUCUUGGACCCGAAGGAUCAUUCAUCAAAGUGCGAAAGGCAGGGGAGACAGCAUGGGUCGAUUGCAACGAGAUAUUCUAA